CCAGUGCGGUAUAUAAACACGCCCAGCAGGAGUUGGCGUUCACCUCGACGAGAUCGGUCUUCGUCAGCGCGAUGUUCGAGUGCCGCCCGAUCUUCGCCGUCCUCCUGGGAGUCCUCCUCAGCAUUCCCAGUCACAACGCCGCAUUUGGCCCCCUGAAACAUGCUUGCUGUGUAAAGUACACUGUCAAGCCCUUGCCGUUCGGUUCAAUCAAGGGCUUUGUGGAGCAGAGCUCCAGAGAGAUCUGCCGCAUUGAUGCCAUCAUAUUCUUCACCAUUCGUGAUAAGAAGGUCUGUGCCAGUGCUGAAGAUGAGUGGGUGAAGAGAUACCUCUUGCGUCUCAGUUCUAAACUGAAGACACUGGUAUCCAAUUCGGACCUCAAAUCCACAAAUGGCAGCGGAAAUAUUAACUAAUGCUAAUGAGAUUCUUAGCAUGCUACAUGCAUAUGGCUUUCGUGUUCCUCUCUGCUUACGCUCACAGCAUUAUAGCUCAGUAAUAUGGUACGGAUGCAGUACAGUAAUACGCAGAAUAGUAAAAUGCACCUUUUGCUUAUAUAAAUAGAACAUGCAGGGCUAUGGCAGAUGUAGUUUUUCUUGUCAUUCUCUUUUAAACAUAAGCUGAUGAAUUAGGCAUUAAUCUACUUUGCAUUAUUCAAUAAAAUAAGUCACAAAUAAUAUGCCUGUCUUGCUUUCUUGUGUAACAAAAUAAAUUGAUAUUAAAGAGUGA